UUCUCAUAACACAAUACGAUGACGAGCGCCCGUAGUCCACAUUCCUUGGAAACCAUACUUACAUUUGAGAACAAUGAUCGUAACAGUGAAUGGUCUACGGUUUGGUCAACGGCCCAUAUACCCGGAAUGGACAAUGCGAUCGGUGGAGUUACAACCCACAGACGCUUGAAAGGUCGUCGACGGUUGAGACUCGGUUCUUUAGCAAUAGGAUGUCUCCUCGCCAUGCAUUGCCGCGUCACUGCUUCAGCGGUCACUGGAGGCUUGAUAACUUUCGUAAUGUACUUAGCACUGGCAUGUAUAUUGCUAGCAAACCCGUUGCGUCAUUUCGAAGUUUACCUCGGUCAAUGGAGCAUAAGUGGACCCGGCCGAGCCUUUCGUAUUAUACCUAUGUUUGACGGUAUAGGUAUAGCUAUAUGUAUCAACGCUAUAAUACGUGCCAUAAACUGUGGCACAGUUGCUGCUAUAGCUGCGGUGUAUGUCUUAUAUUCGGUAUCGGAUGCAAAACUACCUUUCACAUACUGCAGGGACUUCGAAUUAAACUCGUAUGAACCCAAAAUAAUUGAAUUUACGUCUUUAACGUUACGUAAGUCUACAUAUGCGCUGAAACCUGCCCCUAUAAAAGAAUAUGAAACCACAAGCAAUGUGUUGGCUGAAACAAUUCACAAUCUAAGUGAUAGCGCUUGGAGAAAUUCUACGGAAUCAAGUAUUCAGAAAAAGCCUAAUAUGAAGUCAUUGAAAUUAGCGAUCUGUAAAGAAUCAUUUACCGGCAGAUAUCCACCUAUUUACACCACUCCGGCCUACAAUUUCUUUUUUAUUGAAGUCGUUCGCCUGCGGCCUGACUUCAGCUUGACGCAAUUAAACGUACCACUGUUCAUCAGUAUUGUUUUUAUAUGGAUAAUUAUUUGGAUAUGCAUGAUUAUCGAACGAAUAUUACACGGUAGGUUAAUUUGGAACAAUAUUCAAUCAUGGUUUUUGAUAGUACCCUGGAUAUGGGUGUUUUUAUUGAUUAUGACUGGAAUUUCGAAUCUAAUCACAAUGAAAAAAGCGUACCGAAAAAUAUUUCAAAUUGGCGCAAAAGAAGUUAUAGCAGGUAUAGCAGACGCUAUGGAAGUUGGAUUAUAUAUUCACUCAGCGAGCGUUGGUACUGAAUUAAUUCACGGGAAGGGCUUGAAUCAUUUUGCCUCGGGACAUAUUGAUCCAGAUUUAAACAAUGAAAAUGUUUGGCAUUCUGUACUAACCCUACUAUUAGCGGCGUUGCAUUCUGCUGGAGGUACUUUAUGUGCAGUUGUAGAUUAUUUACAGCCAAAUUCUGAAGGCAUUGUGAACGAACGUGAAAGUAAUUUGUGGAUUAUUCCAAUGUUCUCUAAAUGUACGUCUGGUGGCAAUUAUACGCAUCUGAUGUCUUCGUUGAUCUUUGGCGGUUUAAUGUUCUCGUAUGCGACAGUUGCAUUUGUUCUACUCAAAACGGCUCUGCACACAAUUUUUGAGUAUAGAGUCAAAUUAGUGUUUGUGGAACAAUUUGUGGUUGCUGGUCUUAUUCUAAGCUGCAUGGCAUUAAGUUUACUUUUUGCUACAAAUGGAGGCAUAGCAUUGUUGGAAGCGGUUGAAUCGAUAAAUACUGGCGUCACCAUGCCCUUUGUGUGUUUAAUGGAACUCGUCGGAAUGUUGUACGUGUAUCGCAGUCACGACUUCAUAUCCGAUCUCAACUUAGCCAUGGAAGAGGACGCCUGUUCGACACGUAUCAGCGCGCAAUGGCAAUUUAUACCUUUAAUAGUUCUGGUUACGCUCAUAGGAAAAGCUUGUAUGUUAUCUGAGACCGAGAUUCCAAAGUACUUCAUUAUUAUGGCGAUAGUUCCCCUGAGCAGUGUGGUGCUAGCGGUGCCGCUGCGAGCUUGCCACAACGCAUACGUAUUCCUGCGCUCUAGAUCGAGACGUUAAUCUUUAUUUACCAUGGCAAUAUUAAAUUUAUUUUGGA